GCCCAGCAGACCGGGGACGCCACCACCUGCACGGACAAGGUGGGCGCAGGUUGGGAGCUCGUGCGCCGCACGACCGGCUAUUCCUUCCCUCAAACGGAUCAGUUGGAAGGGUCAGCGCCUGAGUCGGGUACGCCUCACAGGGAUCCACUGGGCCCAGCUUUCACCAAGCGAUGGGACGCGAGCAGUGGCAACCAUUACUUCGACGAGUUCUUGUUCGCCACCGGUGAUUGUCAAAAGUGGGUGAUCAUGAAGAAGACUGAGGUGAUUGGGGCGAACAACUGGUAUCACCAUAACGAACCGCGGCAGAUUCUCAAGUCCCACACAUCAGAUGUGCCUUACGAAGCGGUGAUGGUACGACGAGGCGGUCAUGGAGAAGAUCCCUGGAUCUCUUAUUCGGGCCACUACGACGUGGAACGAGAAAGCGGCACCUACGAUCGGCACUGCAAUACUCUUUACAACGGGUGGAAGGGUCAAAACCCAUGGUGUACGACGGGAGAUCUGGGUGAACUUCAUCAGGGACUCAACGUCUUCAUUCGCAGGAGUCAGGCCCUGCCGACCGGAGACGCCACCACCUGCACGAACAAGGUGGGCGCAGGUUGGCAGCUCGUGCGCCGAACGACCGGCAAGUCCUUCCCUCAAGCAGACCACUUGGAAGGGUCCGCCCCUGCAUCGGGCACGCCUCACCCGAAUCCAGUUGGAAGCGCCUUCAACAAGCGAUUUGAUGCGAACAGCGGCAACGAGGAUUUCGACGAGUUCCUGUUCGCCACGGGUGACUGUCAAAAGUGGAUGAUCAUGAAGAAGUCUCAAGUGAUUGGACCGGGCAACUGGUAUCACCAUUACGAACCGCGCCAGAUCCUCAAGUCGCACACCUCGGAU